AUGUCAUCCACGAAAGGUCUUGUCCUCGUUACAGGCUCGAAUGGGUUCAUCGGCGCUCGAACUGUUGAGGCAUUCCUUAAUGCUGGAUACUCUGUCAGGGCAGUAACCCGAUCGCAAUCGUCGGCUUCUGGUCUGCUCGACGCACUCCCGCAGUUUUCAGAGUCCGGUCAGCUAUCAAUAUCUCUCGUACCCGAUAUCACCAUCCCAGGUGCCUUCAACGAGGCUGUCAAGGGAGUCACAGCCAUCGCCCACCUUGCAAGCCCCGUCAAUUUCAAGAUCACAGACGCCGACCUCAUCAUCAGCUCAGCGGUCAAAGGCACAACCGGCAUUCUUGAAUCCGCUCUACGAGAACCGAGCUUGAAGUAUGUUACUGAGGAAGACUGGAACGACGAGGCAGAAGAUACGCUUGCGAGACUCGGCGACACUGCCACCGGCCACAACCUCUACGUCGUCAGCAAAAUCAGAGCCGAACGCGCAUUCUGGGAAUUCCGGAACAAGAAUGCAGACAAGAUCAAGUUCUCCAUGACGGCAAUCAACCCGAUCUGGGUUGCGGGGCCGCCUCUAAUUCUGCCGGAAGACCCCAAUAAGCUGAGCGACACCGCGAUUAUCGCCUACCAGAUCAUGGCCGGCCAGUCUGUACCGCCGGCGGGACCUGGCAAUGGAACUCACGUCGACGUCCGGGACGUUGCCCGGCUGAUCACAUUUGCGGUGGAUCACCCAGACGUUACCGAUGGGCAGCGAUACAUUGCCGGCGGUAAUGGCAACUUCGCCAAUGUCCAAGCCUAUAGCGAUGUCCUUCGUAAGGUUUACCCAGAGAGGCGGGAUAUCAUUGUGGAAGGCGAGCCAGGGAAAGGCUAUCUUGAAGACUAUAGCGAGCCCCCUAACUCUAGGAAAGUCGAUGCGAGCAAGGCAGUGAAGACAUCAGGCCAGGGCUGGAUACCAUUUGAAAAGAAGCUACUGGAUGCUGCAAAGGCAUAUGAGAGAUACUUCUAA